GAGGGUCAGGAUCCCUGGUGACCCCACAGAACUUGUCCCCAUGUUUGUGGAGAGCGGACGACAGCCAAGAGGGCUUUAGGACACAGACACCUUUGCCGAAGAGGAGAUUUACCCAUCUGAGUUGCAGGUGGCUGGUGGAACAAUGUACUUGCCAAGUUGUGUCAAUUGAACCUUGCAAAUUGGGUGAGGAAGACCAUGCGGAGAUGCAGGGCAGCUGGAGAGCCUUCCUGACCACGCUGGGAGUCCUGGCUGGGCUGGCAGCUUCAGGAUCCAGUUAUCAAAUCCUAGAAGGUCCCAAGAAUGUAACAGUCCUGCAGGGCUCAGAGGCUCGCUUCAACUGCACUGUCUCCCAGGGCUGGAAGCUCAUCAUGUGGGCUCUGAAUGGCACCGUGGUGCUCAGUGUGACAUCCACGGAGUCCAUUAUCACCGACAACCGCUUCACCUCUGAGACUUACAACGUGGAUGGAAACUUUGUCUCUGAGAUGGUGAUCCACAAUGUACAGCUCAACGACUCAGGGCAGGUCAAAUGCAGCCUCCAGAACAGUGACCGGGAUGAAGCUGCUUUUCUUUCCGUCCAAGUUAUGGGCGAGUUGUCCAUUCUUGGUGAUAGUCUUGUAGUCAUUGAGGACAAACCUUGUAAUGUUACUUGCCAAGCACUGGGCUGGACCUUGGUCCCGGAGUUUCACUGGGUGGUCGAUGUCCCCGUCAGCCAUUCAAGCAGUUAUUCUGUUGCGGAGCCCGGGGACCUUCCGAGUGCAGUGAGCGUCCUGGCUCUCACACCACAGGGCAAUGGGACUCUAACGUGUGUGGCCACUCUGAGGACCGUGCAGGCCAACAAGUCAGCCACUGUAAACCUUACUGUGGUUCAGCCUCCCCCGGAGAGCAUUGAUAAGACAGGCACAUCGUUGCCCACCUGGGCCAUAAUUCUUCUCGCAGUAUCGUUUUCGUUGCUUUUGAUCCUGAUAAUUGUUCUGAUUAUAAUAUUCUGCUGCUGUUGUGUCUCCGGGAGAGAGAGCAAAGAAUCUAGUUAUCAAAAUGAAAUAAGGAAAUCUGCAACUGUGAAGACAAACACAGGAACCAUUGAGACAAAGUUAAAAAGUGGAAAUGAAAACUACGGCUACAGUUCCGAUGAACGGAAGAACACACAGAUUGCUUCUCCCGCUCCCAAGUCCUAUGAAGUCAGCGUUCUGGAGCAAAGUAGCAGAAACCAUCAUUAUCAGGAAGUUGAUACGCAUCGGCCCAGUCCAGCAAGCCGUCCCCAGGUUUCGUUUAAUCUGGCCAGUCCGAAGAAGGUCAGGAAUGUAACCCUGGUGUAGUAAAGGCUUCCCUGGGGCUCCGUCUUGCACUUGGCUGGUGAUUUACAACACAGGGUGUCGUCAUUUCUCUUCGUCCUGGGACUGGGCUCCAGCUUCGCUGACAUUACCUGAGGAGUGACGUCAGAGGCAUUGGAACUGAUAUUUUCUGGCAAGAGAGAAGGAAUCAAUUUCCCCAGAUUUCAAAGGAGAAGUGGACUUUUAAGACAUUUGCAGGUUUUGGUGAAUUUCACAAAGUUACUAAGACUAAGCUGCAAAUUUAUCACGAUGCCGUUUCUCAUUACUCAGCACUCCCAUUUGCUAAUCCUAUAAAUGGUAGGUAAGUCUACGAUCUGCCAUGACUUUUAAAAUGUUUCUAUUAUCUCAAAUCAUAUUAAGAUGAUAUUCACGUAUGUUUAAUAUGUAGGGAUAUUAUCGCAUAUUAUCAGUGAAAUGAGGGGAUAAAACUCAUGGUCAAUCAGAAAUCUACAAUUGACUGGCAAAUCGGAGGUCCACAGGUUAAAAAGAGAUUCAGUUCUAACUCUGAUGCACACGUGCCUACGUAUCUCUUCCACGGAGACGCUCACUUUCACCUGUUUCCUCGUCAGGCUCGUUCUUGUCUCCUCAAAUGAAUUAAAGCUGAUGAUACUUUGUGGGGAUGUACCUCAUAUACCACAAACACCAUGGAACGAACUGGAGACGGGCACUGUGUUCUCUAAUAAAUAAAAAAGAAAACACCAGAAAAUGACUAUUGCCUUUCUUAGCUCUUCCUGUUCAGACAGCAGUUUAAAGAGUCAAGCAUUUCCAAGGAGGACAACAGGAGGCUUCUCCCAAGAACCACACAUCCUCAUGUCUCUCUUUGCCUCCUAAUGUUUGCCCAUUUAAAGUUAGUGUCAAUGUUCUUUUUUUUUUUUUUGGUUUUUGGUCGGGGCUGGGUUUGAACCCGCCACCUCCAGCAUAUGGGACUGGCACUCUACUCCUUGAGCCACAGGCGCCGCCCAGUGUCAAUGUUCUUAUAAAGAAUACAAUUGCUGACUUCUCCAAAUAUGUUUUUUUUCCAUGUAGAUAGAUGCUGUUAAUUUUGCUGUCCACCCAACCCUUUCAUAUUUAACCUAGGGGUGGGACUGAGUAUUAUUAUUAUUUUUUAUUAAGUUCUGAGUAUUAUUUGACUGAGCUCUGAACUGGUUGGUACAGAUUUCUUGAGCCACAGGCACCGCCCGGGUUGGUACAGAUUUCUAUGCUGAGUAGUAAUUACCAAGUGUUUUGAAUCCCUCAUGCCCAACCAUGCUAUUGCUAAAGUAGUAUUUGACUUUUAAAAUGUAUCAAGAUUUUAGUGAAUUCUUUAAAAUUACUAAGUAAAAGCUGCAAAUUUAUCAUGAUGAUGUUUCUCAUCCCUCAACACUCCUCCUUGCCAAUCUAAUGUUUGAUAGACAAGUUCCUACUCUACCAUGAUUUAUAAGGUACUUUUAGGAUCUGAAACCACAUCCUGUCCCUACCCGGGCCUUUUCCUGUGACCCACAGCUGACUCAGGAGUGUUUUCUGGCUCAACCUGGUGGUGGGCAUCUGUUUUGACUGGCUGAUGCUUGGGCAGUGUCCAUUCUGGUUGGUCACUUGGCAUGCAGUAUCUAUUUUGUUUGAGUGGUGUUCAUGCCUUAAUGAUUGUCAUAUAUUUUGAAUAUUACUACUGUUUAGAGGGUAUGAAAAAAAGUUAUCUCUUCUUUGUGUCCCUAAUGUGAGAAAAUUGGCUGCCUGUUUUCUUGGGAGUAGAACUGCAGUGCAAAAAAUCAAAGCCUGUAAAUAUUGCUAUGUCACCUUUCCAAGAGUCCUUUCUUAUGGAAAAGAUUCCCAUAAAAGUGCAUAAAAAUGAGAUUUUUGCUUAUUGCACUCAUUUCUUUAUUCCCAGCCUAUAUAUCUCUGUCUCCCCACGACCAUCUUGAUGGGGACAGGGAGAAGGGCGAGACAAGAGGCUUCAGGAGCCCCUCCAGACGCUGAUGCAUGAACUCAUAUUCUUCAUUAAUAGUUUAUUCUCUUCCAACCCAUGGAAGCCAGAUCCUAAGACAAGGUGAACGUCAUGUCAUUUACACCUUUUGUAACCUUUACAGCGUCUGGUAAACAGCCAGUGUUCAGUAAGCGUUGACAUCACACAGGUCAAUAUUGAGCAAGGCAGUGUAUUGAAUGUAUGAGUAUUUGCUAUCAGCCUGCUCUAAAAAUAUUUUUGUGAUUAUAUCAGGAGUCAAAGGGGUCAUAUAUAGAAUAUAAUUGAAAUUUCAGUUUUGAUCUCUGAAAGAGCAGGGUCAAUGAUUGCCGUGCAAGUUUCUCCAACUUAAUCGAAUCACCCUCAGAUAUUUUUUCAUUUCUCGGACUCUGGGAGGUUUUAUAUGUCCCUUCUGAGCAGCUUCUUCUUCUACAUCUUACUCCAGGAGCAGGCUUCUUAAAGGGGCCCUCCCCCACCCCCGUGAGAGGUGGGUGUGCUAUUUGGACAGAACCAUCUAGAGCUGUCGUAUCCAACGGUGUAGCUACCUGGGGCUAUUUAAAUCAAAUUAUUUAAACUAAAUAAAAUGUGAGAGUCAUUUC